CACAUAUUAAUAGCAAGAUGACGCCCAUCAUGCCUUUUCAUCACAGACACAUAUCACCCAGGCGUCAAGUCAGCCAAGAUGACCUCCAAAAGUAACCAAGAACGCUUCAUCGCAAGCGUGCAAGAAGCCCUGCGCAACUAUGACGCCCAACUACAAACCAUCAACCAAGAAAUCUGGUCCAACCCUGAGCUGGCCUACGAAGAGCACCGCGCCCACGACGCAAUCUGCACUCUCUUCGAGACCCUCACCACGACCACCGACUUCGACUUCGAAAUCCACCGCUCCGCCUACGACAUCCCGACCGCCUUCGAAAUCACUUACACCCACGGUAACCCCCGGGCAGGACGAGUGGUAGCCUUCAAUGCAGAAUACGAUGCCCUCCCCGGCAUCGGGCACGCAUGCGGACACAACCUGAUCGCGACGAGCUCCAUCGCCGCCUUCCUAGCGACGUGCCACACGAUGCGCGCGCAGGCAGCAACCCCAGCUCCUAACACCCCAGAAGACUUCUCCCCGCCCACAAACUUCACCAUCAAACUCCUAGGAACACCCGCCGAAGAAUCGGGCGGCGGCAAGGUCCAGCUCCUAAAGCGAGGCGCCUACAAGAACGUAGCAGCCUGCCUAAUGGUGCACCCAGUGCCCAUGGCACCGGGGAACCCGGAUCUCCUGACGCUGGCCACAGUGCUGCCGGGCGGGUAUCUCGCCAACGACAAGCUGCGGGUGAGGUUCACGGGCAAGCCGGCGCACGCGGCGGCGGCGCCGUGGGAGGGCGUCAACGCGCUGGACGCCGUCGUCGCCGCGUACAUCAAUGUCUCGCUGCUGCGUCAGCAGAUCCUCCCCUCGCAGCGCAUUCACGGUGUGAUUGUUGACGGUGGGGAGAGGCCGAAUGUUAUCCCGCGGAGUGCGGCGGUGGAUUAUUAUAUUCGGUCGCCGACGGUGAAGUCGCUCAGCGGCUUGUCGGAGCGCGUGGUGAAGUGUUUUGAGGCUGCCGCUUUGGCGACCGGGUGUGAGGUUGCGUUUGAGUGGGGUCCAUCGUAUGCGGAUCUCAAGACCAAUAUUCCUAUCUGCGAGAGCUAUGUGGCUGCGAUGCGCGCGAUGGGACAUCUUACGCUAUUCGAUAACUCGGGGCAGAAGAGCGCUAUCACCGGCGCGUCGACGGAUCAGGGCAACGUCUCCUACGCCGUCCCCGGCUUCCAUGGUAUCUUUACGAUCCCCACCGAUGGCGUCAACCACACCCCCGGCUUCACCAAGGGCGCAGGCUCGCUUGAGGCGUACCAGCGGGGCAUUUCAUGCGCGGCGGGGAUGGCGGUGGUGGCGUGUCAGGUGUUGGUGGAUGAUGAGUUUGCGGAGCAGGUGCAGAAGGAUUUUGAGGUUGAGAGGGACUAGGCUGUGC